AUGUCUCAACAUCCAAGUACCACUACUCGCAAGCUCUUUCCAUCCUCCUCUGACUCAUCUAUCCCAUUGAUAAACUAUUACAAUUUCUCUUCCAACUUGUCCGAUAUUAAAAAAUCAACCAUUUUCGGACUAAUUAUCGGAGAUUGUUUGGGAUCCACAAGUGAAUUCAAACAUCCAAAUCAAGUUCAAAAUUUAAUUAAGAGUGAAAAAGCUGGAUGGCCAUUUGAAUUGUGUGCUAAUUUAACUUGGAAGAAGGGUGAAUCAACAGAUGAUAGUGAUAUGGCCUUGGCAAUUUUACAAAGUUUUCACGAGUGUAAUUCUCAAUUCAAUCCAGAACAUGUUUGUGAUAAAUUUUUAGAAUGGCUCAAUAAGGAACCAAAGGAUGUUGGUUUUACAACAAGAAAAUCACUUUUAUAUGCUAAAAGAGCUCAUUCACAAAGUAAGGAAAAUUAUUGGAGUUGUGGAUCUUUGGAAUUGUUUAAUGAAAAUCAAUCUCCACCUUCAAAUGGAGCUCUCAUGAGAAAUGGAGUUAUUCCAUUAUUGAGUAGUGACAUUUCACAGAUAUUGGAAUGGACUAUAUUACAUUCUAUUAUUACUCAUUAUACAUUUGAGGCAAUUCUUCCAUGUAUUGUUCAUUCAAUUGUAAUUCAUAGAGCUUUGGAAUCGUAUAGAAAUCAAAAACCAUUAGAAAUUAUUACUACUGAAACUGUUACUAAUAUUUUAUGUGGAAAGACAGGUGAAUGGUUCAAUUUUAAACAAUUAUGUAAUGAAAAGAAGGUUCAUCCUAUAAUUUUGGAAUGGAUUAAGAAUAAUGGUGGAAAGAAGGCAUUAGAAAUGGAAGAAAAGAAAGUUUUAGGAAACUUGAAAGAGUUCGAAACAUUUAAUCCAUACAAUUUCAAUUACAAGAAUAUUUCAGGAUGGAGUGUUUUGAGUUUAAAGAUUGCUUUAUGGUGUCUUUAUCACUCUGCUAAAGUUGAUUCGGUAAACUUUGAUAGAAAAGUUGAAUGUCCUCCUCAAUUACCUUCAUGGGUAUUUGAGGAUCAACCAAGAGGUUUCGAAUCUGUCAUAUUUUCAGUAUUAACUGGAGCAGAUGCUGAUACAUAUGGAGCUAUUACUGGAUGUAUAAUGGGAGUUUACUAUCCAGAAUUGAUUCCAUGUGAAAUGGUUGACCAAUUACUUUCAAAGCAUUUAGUUGAUCAAUAUUUUCCAUCAAUUCCUCAACAAUAA